AUGAACAAGCUGCAGAGACUGCUUCAGAACAAGAUCCUGAUCCUGACAAUAUGUGCUGCUGGGAUUGGAGGCACUUUCCAGUAUGGUUACAACCUCUCCAUCAUCAAUGCCCCAGCCACAUACAUCCAGAUGUUCAUGAACACCACCUGGCUGGAGCGCAUGGGUGCUCCCUUGGAGAGCAACGUGAUCCUGCUGCUCUGGUCCUUCACAGUCUCUGCCUACCCUCUGGGAGGCCUCACUGGGGCUGUGGUGGCUGGGCCCAUGGCCAUCAGGCUGGGCAGGAAGAUGUCCCUGCUGCUGAACAAUGUCUUUGUGAUCGUAGCUGCAGCCUUGUCUGGGUUCAGCCGAAUGGCCAAGUCCUUUGAAAUGAUUAUGCUCAGCAGAUUUUUUGCUGGCGUGAAUGCAGGUGUAAGCAUGAACAUUCAGCCCAUGUAUCUGGCAGAGAGUGCCCCAAAGAAGCUCAGGGGAGCUGUGGCCUUGACCUCUGCAUCAUUUACAGCCCUGGGGCUGGUGCUGGGCCAGGUUGUUGGACUCAGGGAGCUCCUAGGAGGGGAGGAGAGCUGGCCAUUCCUUUUAGCAAGCAAUGUAGUUCCUGCCCUGAUCCAGCUCACAGCUCUGCCUUGGUUGCCUGAAAGUCCCAGAUAUCUCUUGAUUGACCGUGGAGACAAAGAAUCCUGCAUCUCUGCACUGCAGAAGCUCAGAGGCACCAGUGACCUGAGUGCAGAGCUGGAAGAGAUGAUGGCAGAGCAGGCUGCUGUUAAAGGUCAGAGAGCAAAGAACCCGUGGGAGCUGUUCCAGAAUCCAGCUCUGAGGUGGCAGCUGGCGAGCAUCAUUGUGCUGAGCAGUGCCAUGCAGCUCUGCGGGAACGACUCGAUGUAUUCUUAUGCAGCUUAUGUGUUUGAAGAGGCUGGAAUUCCUCAGGACAAAAUUCCCUACGUUGUAAUCGGCACGGGAAGCUGUGAGCUGAUCACAUCUGUCACUUGUAGCAUGAUUAUAGACUGUGCUGGUCGGAGGCCGCUGCUGCUGGGGGGAUACAUCUUCAUGGCAGGAUGGGCCGUGGUGUUCAUGGUCGCUCUGAGCCAGCAGACUCAGAUUAGCUGGAUGCCUUAUCUCAGCGUGGCCUGCAUUUUCGCCUAUAUCCUGAGCUUUGGAAUCGGACCAGCUGGUGUAACAGGAGUUCUGCCCACAGAAAUUUUUGAUCAAAUGUCCCGACCAGCUGCUUACAUGAUCUGUGGCUCCCUGCUCUGGUUCAACUUAUUUCUGGUUGGAACAGCCUUUCCAUUCAUUGUGAAAAGUCUAGCACAUUUCUGCUACAUCCCAUUCCUUGUGGUCUGUGUCUGCACUGCCCUCUACGUUUGGUUUUUCCUUCCUGAGACCAAGGGGAAAUCCUUCCUGGAAAUCUCAGAGGAGUUCAGGAAACGGAACUUCAAAACUAAGACCCGUGCAGGUUUCUAUAAAGGCCCUGAGGAGAUCAAAACCACCACAUUGUAG